AUGAGAAGUGAGGAGAACUGGCGCCUGCGCGUCGAUGCCCCAUGGACGCUGGCGUGCGUGGCGAUCCUUCUCGCAACACUCGGCGUCCACUACACGGCGCUCUCGGAGGACCGCACCGACCUCGCGCUGCCGGAGUUGAUACACACGAUGGAGACGAAGUGCCACGCUUUGGGCGACACCUUUGACGCCGCCGCCGCCGCCAGUGCACCGCCGAGCCACCCCGUGCCGACGCAGUUCGGCGUAGCGGUGUGGGUGGAGCAGCAGGCGUGGGCGCUGCCGGUGCACGACGCGCUGGACCGCAUCGAGGCCGCCGUUGGCCGCGCAGUUGUUGCUGAUGCCACCAACAGGCGCUACAUUCAGCGCAUAGUGCGGGUGACCACCAACGCCUCGUGGCGGCGCGUGAGAAUUAGUUCCGGUGACCACGCUGCGUUCGCUCUUGUUGCGGCAAAGCAGCAGCUUGGCCUGGGCGUUGCCAAGCAUGUGUACGCAGUGGACCUGCGCGAGGAGCUGCGGAUGCAUGGCAUCAGCUUCUUCCGCGACACGUCGUCUGCUAGCAGCGCCGAAGCAGCCGGGCUGCGGUGCUUCCUCUUCGAGACACGACAGGCGUACUGCACCGUUAACGCUAACGCGUCGGCGGAGUGGCUGCAGCGCGAGGUGCCGGCCGCUGUUGCGACGCUGAUGGCAGGCUGGUUGGGGGUUGGNCGCUAA